AUGGCGCGAAUUAAUAGCAUCACUAAUCCAAGUGAUGUGGAAUGUACAUCAAUGCGAUCCUUGCGUGUCAUUCUUGAUGACCCACAAGUAUAUUAUCUUUUAGGCACUAUGGAACCUCAAAACCAUGUAACGCCCGCAAGCUUCUUGUAUCUUCGCCACACAGAGAACAAUACAAGGAAUGCGAAAAAGGAAAGAUUCCAUCUCUCUUCUGCUACAGCUGACUUCGAUAAAAUAAUUCAAAGCAUUAGGAACAUCGACUCAAAAAAGGACGUGAGUCACCGUUUAAUCCAUAUUACCUGUAAUGAAAAAUAUCUGCGAACAGGAGUCACCUUCGCCUCCAAAUGGGUGGCUGAUAAUCUACUCGAUCGUUUCGAACAGUUAUGUUUUGAGAAGAUCAAGUCGUUUCUUCUCGGGAGCGGAGAACAAUCAGAAUGUAGUGGAUUGAGGGAACAGCUUUUCGAAACAUACGCACAUAAAGUUCUAGUUGGGGGAGAGUCCGGAAUCUUGAAGAUGGAAAAGAGUUACAGAAGCAUUUCACAGCGUGCGAACAUGUUUUAUCCAUACAACUCUCGAAUAUUAAUCGAACUGAACACAAAGGGAAAUACUGUCAACCAAAGUCGAGAACAUUCUAUGCCAUCGACGCUUUCAUAUCGGGUCAAUCUAAUACAAUCAGCACACUUUCAAAUGAUAGUAUCGAGCAAAAGCACAUGGUUGGAACAAGCCGUGACCUUUACGAGUUCUACUUUGUUGUUCCACCUGAGAUAUGGAAUGAUUUCGCCAAACAAAAGUACAUUAAUCUAG